AUGUCAUCCAGUGGUGAUCCUCCGCAAGAAGACACUUCACGGGCGAGCCAGAGCAGAGAUUCCAAUCCCAAUUCACGCCGAUCCUCCAACAUCAUCGAAUUUGUCGACAGUCAGAAUCCCAAUGUCAGGAGUGCCAUUCAGCGGCACACCGCAUAUCACUCGGCCGCGCAGCGUCGAGAGGCACGCUCGCGCCUUCUCCGACGGUCCAGCCAGACUCGCUACUUUGAAUGGACCAGACGCCCGCGAGGAGAUGCAGAGGUCGCAACCUCGUCAGCCAGCAGUGCCAGCUCGGUGUCAAUUUCGCCGGCGCCUUCCAUCCCUGGCAGACCGGAACCGCCCAGUCGGACAACGAGCGACGAACAAGAAGCCGUUUCCUCGACAAGUGAAGCGGCCGCAGAUUCCGCCCUUGAGAUGCUACCAUCCACAUCUCAGAUAAUCGCCUCUACGGACGACUCUGUCCUAGAAUUUUUCAGAGCCACAUUUUGCGAUCAUUAUCAAUCAAGUGACAUGUUGGAAUCAGCACUGGUAUAUAUGCUUGAGAACGAAGUUUCUCGACACCUGCUCCUCGCUUAUGCCUAUGCAGUCCGGAGAGCGCGAUCAGUUGCCGAGGAAAAUCCUCAAGACCAGGUGGAAGCAGAAAGAAAUCUUGGUCGAGGCACUAACAUUCUAUGGAAUCGCCUCCAGAUGCCAGGAGCUGCCAGUUCUGACGCCAACAUCCAGGCUGUUCUCCUGCUGGUGGCGUACACAGCCGAUUUUGGGGACACCAGCGAGAUCCGUCUCCACGCAGAUGCGCUGAGGACCAUGAUCAACCAGCGUGGCGGUGUCGACGCCUUCACCUAUAACCCUGCAUUGCAGCAUCAACUAUGGGUGAUAGAAGUGUCGCGACGGUUCCACUUGACCUUGGACUGCGAGUCGACCUGUCCAGAUCCACUUCGAUUUCCAGAUGGUCUUCGACUGCGCGCAGGAGGUGAGGAAAGUUGA